AUGAAUCCGCGCGCGCGAAGGGUGCGAACGAUGGAACGACGAACCGAACGCCGCGCGCGAGCGUCGACGCACUUCGACCGCGCGCGCCAGCCUCGCGAGCCGCCUCGCCGCCUCGCGCUCGGCAUGCGUCUCGCGCGCGUCCUCGCGCUCGUCGCGCUCCUCGCGUCCGCCGCGCCGCUCGCGCGCGCGGGGUCGUCGACCGCCGCGCCGAAGGAGACGACGCGACGCGACGACGACGCGCGCGAGAGGGAGGCGGAAGGAGUCCUCGCCAUGGGCGGCCCCGACGCGACGCGCGAGCUCGUCGCCGCGACCGCGUCGCCGUCGCCGCCGCCGCCGUCGUCGUCGUCGUCGCUCCCGUCCGCGUCCGCCCUCCCCGGCGCGUCGUUCACGUGCGUCGCCACCUCGGACGCGACCAGAGGGUCGUGCUUCGUCGCGACGUGCGCGCAGCUCGUCGGCGCGGUCCGCUCCGGCGUCGCGCACGUGACGCUGUAUCGCGACCUCGUCGCCCCCGGCACGUUCGAGCGGUGCGGCUUCCCGAUCACCGUCUCGCGUCCGCUGACGAUCCGCGGCGCGUGCGCGGGGCGCGGCGGCGACGCCGACGCCGACGUCGACGCCGCGUCGUCGCGGUGCGUCGUCGACGGCGGCGGCGUCGUGACGCGGCUCGAUAGGGAAACGUGUCGGCAGCACUGCGCGACGUGCUCGGGCGGCGGCGCGCCGCUGUUCGACGUCCGCGCGGGAGGCGCGCUGACGCUGAUCGAUCUGGAGCUGCGGAACGCGUGCAACGCGCGCGACGGGCGCGGGGGGGCGGUCGUCGUUCGCGGGCGGGCGUCGAGCCCGCGCGAGGAGGACGCGUGCGGCGGACGGACGAUCGACGCCGCGGAACGGCCCUCAGACGACGACGCCGACGACGACGACGCCGCCGCCGCCGACGACGACGACGACGGCGUCUGGUCGCAGGCGUACGACGCGUCGGACCCGCCGCUCGGGGCUUCUUCCCACACCGCGUCGCUGCGGAUGACGCGCGUGGUCGUCCGCGACAGCGUCGCGUACGGCGGACCCGGGGACGCCGCCGCGGGACGUCGCGCGUGGAACGGCCGCGGCGGCGCCGUCGCGGUGAUGAGCGCGAACGCUCGCGCGUCCUUCCGCGACUGCGCGUUCGUGUCCAACGAAGCGUGGGGCGGCGCGGCGGGCGACGGUGGCGCGUCGUCGUCGUCGAGCGAUUACCUCUCAAACCUCGGCGAGGGCGGCGGCGUGUACGUGUCCGGCGGGACCGCGAGUUUCGUCGACUGCGUCUUCGAGGGGAACGUCGCGGAGAAGGAGGGCGGCGGCGUGUACGCGGACGCGGGCGCGAACGUGACCGUCGCGGGCGGGACGUUCCGCGGCAACUCCGUGCACGACGAUUACUUCGACGGCGGCGGCGGUCUCUUCGUCGGCGGCGCGAAGACGACCGCGGUGACGUCCGUCACGCGGUUCGAGGACAACGAGGUGAUGCGGUACCCGGACGGACGCAGGAAGGCGCUGACGUGCGGCGGCGGGGGCGUCUCCGUCGUGAGAGGCGCGACGGCGAAUUUCACGUACGCGCUGUUCGAGUCCAAUCGCGCGCCGCGCGGCGGCGGCGUGUGCGUGCACGACGCGACGGCGUCGUACGACGAGGUCAUCUUCCGCGAGAACGAAGCGCAUCACGACUGGUUCGACCGAACGCGCGGGAACGACGUGGAGUGCGUGCAGUGUUUCACGCGACGCGCCGACGGCGGCUCGCCCGUCGCCGCCGCGUCGAUCGAUCGAUGCGCGUACAGACGCGACGACGACGCGAUGGGGUUCGUGCGGGGGACGGGGGGCAGGACGCCGACGUGUGCGCCGCCGCCGGGGGCGUUCGACGACCUUUCCGUCGCGGUGGAAGAGACGACGGACGACUCGAGCGCGAGGAUCACGCCCGAGUCGUCGCCGGCGACGUCGCGCGACGCCGAUUCGUCGUCGACGUCGUUCCGCGACUUCGUCGGCACGAGCGGCGUCGGCGCGGUCGUCGCGAUGGAAGGCGGCGGGACGAGGCCGGUCGGGUCCGCCGGUUCGGGCGUGCGAACGGUUCAGGAGAUCCUCGACGCGAGCGAUCAGUCCAGCUUCUGA